AUGAUCUCUUGCAAAUACACGCCUCGUCGUGGUGGUGAAAAACUCUCCGUUGAUGAUGAAGUGGACAGCAGCAGCUCGGUGGCGCCUUGCGGCCGAGCGCUAAGAGCUGGCGCUUGGAGGAAUUUUUUCCCAGAAAAACGGGAAUUUGCUAUGAGGAUCGGGGUGGUGUAUCAGCCAGGCGUUACACGGCAUGAUAGUUCAACUAUCGUGCCAGAAAUAUUGAAGUUCGCAACAGUGCAGCCAUUUCUUCCAUCUAUUCCCUAUCACCACCAACAACAACAAGAAAAUAGCCGCCUCGUCGCUUAUCUGAAUAGUGAUAUGCCUGAAGUUGUCCAAAAUGGUAAGGUGCCACCGGCACCUCCACCUCCGCCACCACCGGAGAAACCACGACGAGCCGAUGGUCGACGGCGCGCGAUGAAAAAGGUCGACGAAUUACAUCCAGCCGUCGAACCUACUACUGGGUAAGU